ACCAAACUCUUCAUCGAUGGGAAGUUUAUUGAGUCCAAAACCACCGAAUGGAUUGAUAUCCACAACCCGGCCACAAAUGAGGUGGUUGGCCGCGUACCAAAAGCCACAGCCAGUGAGAUGGAGGCAGCUGUGGCUUCUUGCAAAAAGGCGUUUUGGAACUGGUCAGAAACAUCUGUUUUGAGUCGCCAGCAAAUCUUUCUGCGUUAUCAGCAGCUCAUCAAAGACAAUCUGAAAGAAAUUUCAAAACUCAUCACCUUUGAGCAAGGCAAGACCCUGGCUGACGCUGAGGGAGAUGUGUUCCGAGGCCUCCAGGUGGUUGAACAUGCUUGCAGUGUGACAUCCCUCAUACUGGGAGAGACCAUGCCCUCCAUCACUAAAGACAUGGACACUUACACCUACCGUCUGCCCCUGGGAGUGUGUGCUGGAAUCGCACCGUUCAAUUUCCCAGCCAUGAUUCCUCUUUGGAUGUUCCCCAUGGCUAUGGUUUGUGGAAACACCUUCUUGAUGAAACCAUCUGAGCGUGUACCGGGAGCACUCAUGUUCCUUGCCAAGCUGUUUCAGGAUGCUGGUGCCCCUGAUGGGACCCUGAAUAUCAUCCAUGGACAACAUGAAGCUGUGAAUUUCAUUUGUGACCAUCCGGAUAUCAGAGCAAUCAGCUUUGUGGGAUCUAAUCAGGCUGGCGAGUACAUCUAUGAGAGAGGAUCCCGGAAUGGCAAGAGAGUCCAGGCCAACAUGGGAGCCAAGAACCACGGUGUGGUAAUGCCUGAUGCCAAUAAAGAGAACACCUUGAACCAGCUGGUUGGAGCUGCUUUUGGAGCAGCUGGCCAACGCUGCAUGGCCCUGUCUACAGCAAUUCUAGUGGGAGAAGCUCAGAAAUGGCUGCCAGAGCUUGUGGACAGAGCCAAAAACCUACGUGUAAAUGCAGGAGACCAGCCUGGAGCAGAUCUGGGGCCUCUAAUCAGUCCCCAAGCCAAGGAACGGGUUUGCCAUCUGAUUGAGAAAGGAGUAAAAGAAGGUGCCAGUCUUCUUCUGGAUGGACGUAAUGUCAAAGUGAAGGGUUAUGAAAAUGGCAAUUUUGUUGGGCCAACCAUCCUUGCCAAAGUCAAGCCAAACAUGACUUGCUAUAAGGAAGAAAUCUUUGGGCCUGUCUUGGUGGUUCUGGAAGCAGACACUUUGGAUGAUGCGAUAGAGAUGGUGAACAAUAACCCCUAUGGAAAUGGAACCGCAAUCUUCACCACCAAUGGAGCCACAGCUCGGAAGUAUUCUCACUUAGUAGAUGUGGGGCAGGUGGGUGUCAACGUUCCAAUCCCAGUACCUCUGCCCAUGUUCUCUUUUACUGGCUCUCGUGCUUCUUUCAGAGGGGACACCAAUUUCUAUGGAAAACAGGGAGUGCAGUUCUAUACACAGCUGAAAACUGUAAUUUCUCAGUGGAAAGAGGAAGAUGCGACCAUUGCCAAGCCUGCUGUGGUUAUGCCAACUAUGGGAAACUAAAUCAGCCUUUGCAGAUGCUGUUCUUGGUACCCUUCUCCUAUGCUGCACUAUCCAGCUUUGUCCUGACUAUCAUCAUUUCCUUGGGAAUGAAUAGGAAGCUCCUUU